CUCAUCAAACCCUACCUACUCCAAAACAAGACUUUUCCUUUUACAGUGUGGGAAACUUGAAUAGAAAAGAUAAUGCAGCAAGAGGAUAUGCAGUCACCAUGGUCAUUCUUUGAAGGCAUGAACUCAACUUUUGAAUCAGGUGUUGAGUCCUUGGGUUUCACUGUGUAUGACCAUGUUGCUGAUUGUGGAUCCUAUGGCUUCACUGUGGAUGACCAUGUUGCUGAUUAUGGAGCCUAUGGUUUUGCUGUGGAUGAUGACCAUGUUGAUGACUGUGGACUCAAUACACUGUUGAGCACUCUAGAGGAUUCCACUUCUGAAAUUUCCUCCAUACCCUUUUCUUCAUCCUCUUUAUUUUUCUCCAAUGAUCAUGUUCACACCCAAUACCCAAUCAAUGAAGAAACCCUGCAACUUCCAUCACUCAUGGAAUUUGAUGAUUUUGAUUCCAUUAUGGAUACUGAAAUUGCUAGUAUUCAAGGUCAUGGAUACAUAUGGGAGAGCGAAGGGAGCUUCUUCCCUCCACAGAAUUUGUCAAGUGAGGUGGAAAAUGCUUGGAGUCCUACCCCAUCUGUGAGGUCAGAGUUGUCCACAAAUCAAGCAUCACCAUUGACUUUACCUCACCAAAACAUGGAAAUUGAAAACCAAGUGAGUCUUCCACACUUGCUAGAGGCACACGGAGAGGCCUUGGAGCAAGGACAAAAAUCACUGGCAGAAGUGAUUUUGAGGUGCAUGAGCCAGAAAGCUAGUCCACUAGGUGAGUCUCUAGAACGCCUUGUAUUCUACUUGUCUCAGAGCAUGACCAAUCAUGGAGACUAUCUCAAAGGUGAGGCCUUCAAGAACUAUGAGGCUGCUUUGAGGGCACUCUAUCAAGGUCUCCCAGUUGGGAAAGUCGCUCACUUUGCAGCUGUUUCUGCAAUUCUUGAAGCCAUGCCACAAGACUGUAAUAGUGUACACAUAGUGGACUCUUGUGUUGGACAUGGGUUUCAAUGGGUUCCAAUGAUUGAGGCUAUUGCACACAUGAACAAAACAGUGAAACUGACAUCGAUUAAAUGGGAUGAUGAUGGUGAGGGUCUUGAAUGUUUUUCAACUCCAUCAAAUUUUGAGGAAACUAAAAGGCAGCUCUGUGAGUAUGCCAAAUCCUGUGGUUUGAAGCUGAAGGUAGAGGAGAAAGGAGUGAAGGAACUUGUUGCUGAGAUUAAGAAAAUGAACAAAAGGGGUGGGAGGGGUGAGUUUUUGGCCUUCAAUUCGAUGAUUGAUCUUCCACAUAUGGGAAGAGAAAGUAGCAGAAAACAAGCCUUAGAGUUUGUAAGGGUAGCUGAAGAUUUGAUCAACACCUCUGGCAAUAGGGGGAUUAUAACUUUUGGGGAUGGAAGUGCUUAUGAGAAAGUGAAAAACAACUUGAAUUUCAGGUCAUUCUUUAAAGCACAUUUGGAGCAUUACCAAGCCUUGUUAGAAGCAAUUGAAUCACAUUUCCCAACUCGUUUCUCAGAAGCAAGAAUUGCCAUGGAGCAACUGUUUUUGCAACCUUGUAUUUCCUCUCUUGAUUGGUUACAAACAUGGGAGGAGAUGCACAGUGGUGACCCUCUUGAGGCUGAGAUUAGCUUUAAGGGUUGCCAAUUGAGCAAAAAUAUUUUGAUGGAAAUCAGAGAAGUGUUGGGAGGAAGUGAAGGCUCAUAUCAAGCAAGAAUCGAAGGACAAAAUCACAAUGAACUGGUUUUGGAGUACAAAGGAACUCAACUGUUAAGAUUUUCAACUUGGAAAAACUAAAGCCAUAGUGUCUCAUAUCAGAUUUUAGUAGUCAUUAUAAUUUGAUUUGUACAGAUUCCUGUUUAUAUGUUGUAUCUCCAAGAAUUAUAUACAGAUGUUUAUUCUUUUUUACACAAUAUAUAUACUUGCACUU